AUGCACGCAGCGAUAGAAGCAGGAAUAGCAGUUCAAGAUCGAGUUCGAGUAGCCGCUCCAGAUCAAGGUCGCGCUCCAGCAGAGAUCGACGGCGCCGAAUUCGUUCAUCGAGCUCAAGCUUUUCGGACAGAAGUCGAACUCGUAGUCGAAGUCGCAGCGCCAAUCGUUCUCCACGCCGUAGACGACACCGCUCACAUGGGAGAGAUAAACAGGCCAAGCCGAGUUUUAAAAUUGCAAAGAAUUGCCAAGCGGCGAUUGACUAGCUUGAUACUGAAGCACGUAGGGCAGAGAUCCAAGGAAUUUGCGAGUGCGCUGCCAUAUCUUUCGUCGAUGCAGAAGCAGUCACAGACGGAUAAGUAUGCAUCGCAUACAGCGCUUUACGGACAGCCGCACUACAAAAUCGUCAUGAAAAUGUUGCCGCUUGACUCGCAGAGAGACGCGCUGAUGGCUUUAACAGCGCGCCAGGGUUUCCGUGUCAAGGACAUCCGCAUCAUACAUAAAGGUAAUUAUUCAUUACAUGCGCCUAACAUUUUACCUUAUUUUUCACUUUUCUUCCUCGUUCUUUCUGCUUAUUCUCUGUUUUUUUCUGUGUUAUAUCUUUACUUUUAUGUACAAUUUUCUUCUCGAAACGCGUUUUCUGCAGCCCAUUUGUAUUUCGUAACUGAUUUCAGCUUUUGCUUUCAUCUGAAGAUUUGUUGA